CCCAGAGGGGUUUACGGCUUGCGUUGCCUCAGUGCUGGGGCCGGGUGAGAGGCUGGAGUGGGGGCCGGGCGGUCGGGGCUGCAGGGGGAGGCGGGGUCGCAGCGUCCAGGUCGCUAGGGGCGGGGUUCCGCUUUGGAUGGGUUCAGAGGUCACAGGAAGCUCCACGUGCUUUUAGGAGCGGUCAGAAUCGGAAAUGCUGCCGGCAAAACGUAAGAGCCCCGGGGGCCCCGGCCCGUCGCGCACUAGUGAGCAGCAGAGUCAUUCAAGGCAGCAGGAUGCCAAAAAGCGAGAAGAGGAGCUGAGAGUCAGAAACUUAAAGAAGCUCUCCGCAACGUUGAAGGAGGAGGAGAAACUUCAUGAGAUCUUGGUCUUCGGCGGCGAGGAUGAAUUUGUGGACAGGCUUCUCAGUGACACAAAGAUCAGAGUUGACCCCAGCGCCGAUCUUCUAGACAGCGAUGAUGAUGAUGAUGAUGAUGAUGAUGGCGAGAAGGAAGCCGCCGUUCCCAGCAAGAAGCCGGCCUGGGUGGAUGAAGAUGAUGAGAUGGAUGAAAGUAUUGAAAUGACCCAUCGCUAUAGGAAAGACAUGAUGAAAAGUAAAGCUGAGAAGACGCUAAGCAAGGAGAAACUUCAGAUCAGAUUACAGCAAGAAUUCCAGAAAGCAAUGGGUGGGGUUCCAUCCUGGGCUUCCAGAGAUCCGAAAAGAAGACUCUCUAAAGCGGAUGAUGAUGAUGACGAUGAUGAAGACGAUGAAGACAACUUGUUAAGUAAAACUGGAGAUUUGCUCGCAAAAUCCACUUAUCUACCGAAGGGCAUUUUAGAGAUAAAACGCUGUGCGCACGCCAAUAGCGAGAGGCCCUCCAAUGGUCCGCUCACCACCGUUCAGUUUCACCCAGCGGCUCAGGUUGUCAUGACUGCAGGUCUUGACCAUUCCAUAUCCUUAUUUCAGGUUGAUGGCAAAUUAAAUCCAAAGAUCCAGAGCAUCUAUCUAGAAAAGUUUCCUGUUUAUAAAGCCCGGUUCAGUGCCGAUGGAGAACAGGUGAUAGCCACGGGAGUGCGGCAUAGGAUAUUCUACGUGUACGACAUGAUGAGCGGAAGCAUUAUUCCUGUUCCCAGGAUACGAAGCUUAGAAGAAAAUGUAAUUAAGAAAUUUGAAGUGUCUCCCGACGGGUCGUUCCUUUUGCUCAGUGGUGCAGCCGGAUACUUGCAUAUGCUUUCCAUGAAGAGCAAGGAGCUGAUUGGAAGUAUGAAGAUGAAUGCAUGUGCUGCCCAAGCUGUGUUUUCUCCAGACUGCAGCAAAAUCUUCUCAACCUGCGAUUCGGGUGAAGUGUAUGUUUGGGAUGUAAAAAGCAGAAGGUGUCUGAACAGAUUUGCAGAUGACGGAAGCCUUCGAAGUUCUUCUCUCGCUGUUUCGAAAGAUGGUCGAUAUGUGUCAUGUGGGUCAGACUCUGGAGUGGUGAAUGUAUAUAGUUAUGAUGACUGUCUGCAGAACUCCGCCCCAAAACCUAUAAAAUCUAUAAUGAACCUGGUAACAGCCGCUACAUCGCAAGUGUUCAAUCCGUGCGCGCAAAUCUUGGCAGUCGCUUCCGAGAAACUAGAUGAUGCUGUAAAACUGGUUCAUAUUCCUUCAUUUACCGUUUUUUCAAACUUCCCGGUACAAAGCAAAAAUAAGUUUAUUCACUGUGCCCGAGCGAUGGAUUUCUCUCCUAAUAGCGGCUUCUUUUCCAUCGCGAACAACAAAGGCGAAGCUUUACUGUACAGGUUAAAACAUUAUUCCGAUUUCUAAUGAAGGAGAAUGAAUGGACUGAUGUGGUUUGUUGACAAGCCGAAGAUGACCUUCCCUUCCAUCACUUUGAUGUUCAGUCUUGUGCAAUAUGUUACAUUACGUUUCAUGAAGAGCGUAUACGUUUCCAAUAAAAUCCAGUGGCCUCCUUUUUGUAUCAUAAUACCCGUGUACUGUUCUGAAUAAACCCUUUGCUUUAUAA